GGAUCUCGCGAGACUUUAAUUAAAAAUAACGCGGGAUAGUGUGAGAAACAUACCCGUUGAUACGGCGAUAUUGUCUUAUUUAAAAAUACCGGACGAACAAGGCGUUUUAAAAGGGUUUUCUAGAAUUGGCGAAACGUUUAAACCCUGUUUAAACUGCUGUUCUCGUAUACUUAUUAGCUUACGCCAACCACAAAAGCAAAGUCGUAGGUCCGCUGACCAAAUGGAUUUUACGGAGGAUUUGUCAGCCAGAGUACUGUUGAGAAAUAUCCUCAGCACGGAACAACCGCGGACUCCCAUCACUAGAAGCUCUAACAGAACUGUGGAAACCAGCAGUGUCCGGCGCAGCAGCAGGCUGAGCACGAAAAAUACGCAAAACCAAAGCGUACAGGACAUUCUGAGGCGCAGCUUCAAGGACAAAGUUCGUGAGAGCAUAACCAGAAAGUCUGCAACAACAAGGAGGAAUGUCUCUGAAAGACUUAAACAGGGAAGCACUCCAGGUCCUGCAUCACUGCUGUACGACGAGUCAGACACACCAAGACACCUACUCAGAAAUAUCCUCCUUACAGAGCCGGUCAAGUCCCCUGUCCAUCAUGAGGAACGUGUGCCUGAUGAACCUCAGCUGCCUUCAACCAGCUCCGGCAUCACCAGCAAACGAUCCAGUAUCGAGCACUCGAAUCUGGAUCUGCCUGAUUUAACUAUCGCAAAUGUAGGAACCACACGAAAAGGGCUAAGCAGGAAAAGACACCGUCAAAGCCCCAACGUAACAGCUUUUGAAAAACGACUUCAAGACCGAAGUGGUUUUCAAAGGGAACAUGACGAAUCUUUAGAUGACCAUUCAUCACUGUCUUUAUCAAGUUCCACAUCUUUGAGUCUAAAAACACCAUUUGUAGACGUUCAGACUGAGAGGAGGGGCCUGCAGCGAAGGCUUCACAACCGCAGGAAAAUCACGGUGGAAGAAUUUGGUGCUGCUCUAAGUAGAUUUCAGUCGGAAGAUAAUCAAGAAAAAGUCGACUUUUUGAAAACGAUUGAUAACACAGCUACUGGAGAGGGCUUCUCCCUAAGCCUUGACUUCACCAGUGAUAUUGUAAACUGCACCACAGCUUUCUACCCGCACUCGGACCUCAACUCUCAGAGACAGACGGAAAUGGAAAAUUGUAACAUCGAGAAGGAGAAAUCUGUUUGCGAUGGACGGCGGGUUUCUCAGUCAGAAAAAGAUGAGGUUGCAGCAGACGGUCAUCAGGAAGGUGCAGAUGACCUGACGGGAGAAGCUGUCGGCAAUCGAGAUGAUUCUUCCCCGACUACGGAAGAUGUUCACACAGGAUCCAAGCCUGACGUGGAGGAGGCGUCGCAUCAUUCUGAUGAAGAUGGAGGAGUAGAUCAGAGCGUGGCAGAUGAAGAGGGAUGCUAUGAUCACCAAGAGGUUGUUGCUCCGUCUGAAUCUGACGAUGAAGCUGAGCCUCGGAUGGACUGCGAGGAGGAGAAAGAAGAGGAAGAGGAUUUAAAUACGUCAGAAGAGCUGAAACGCAUUAGUAGAAGGGCUCAUCGCUCUCUGGGUGAGCUGGUCGCACGUGUCAGUGAAGCGGAGGAUUGUUUACCAGACACAACAGAGAUAGUACACCGUGACCGUGUGAGCACCAGCUUGGAAACUGGGGGUCAUGAGGACAUCCCUCCUCGUAGUUGUACGCCGGAUCUGGCUGAACUUUCUACAGAAGAGCACGAAGAUGCUCAGGAGACAGAAGCUGAAACUUCAAACAGAGAAAACGUUUUAUUGGACUUGACGCAUAAAAGUCAAAGAGGAAGCUUCCUGAGUGAUUCCAUACCUGCGCAAGAAGAAGCUGCACCUGCUGCAGACCUCAUUGAACAGAAUGAAGAGUCGGAGGAUGACGGCGAUGACUCGGAGGGUAACGACAUGUCCUGCAAGACUCCAGCCUUUGUCAAAGAGAAGAGGAACUUUUUCAUUGGGGAACAUAACGUCUUUCCCUCUGUUCUCACAGAUGCAGAAAGCAGCAACACAGGAAAGGUUGCACCUGCGGCUAAGCCUAAGCGGAUCCGUAGGAAGAGGGAAACAACAGAGAACGAUCUAGGCCUUCCUCAAAGCUAUCUCAUGAGUGUGUUCCGUCACUUUGCUAAAACCAAGGUCUCCCCCGACAUUUACCCUGUCCUGAAGGAUACAAUGGAUAAAUACUUCGAUCGGCUGACAGAUGACCUGGAAUCCUACGCACAUCAUGCGAAGAGAAAAACCAUUGAGAUGGAGGAUGCUGUUCUUCUUUUGAAAAGGCAAGGUUAUGUGAAUGACAAGGUGCCGGUGGAGGUGCUGAUCGAAAAAUACUUGCGCAUGGAGCAACGCAAGAUUUUAAUCCCUAUCGCAACAAGUGGAAAUAUUGUUGUUCCUAAACAGCGCCGUUAAAUAUGCUGUGUAUAUCUUCUGGGGGCAAUGGCGGCUCAGUGGUUAAGGAAGCGGACGUGGGUCCGGAAGGCUUCAGGUUUGAGUCCACCAGCUGCCAAGUUACCACUGUUCACUUUGGUGAUGGGUUCAAAGCAGAAGUCACAUUUGGUUGUGUGC